UUUUAUUUCCUAAUAAAGUUCAUUAGUUUAGUGAAUAUAUUUAAGAAUAAUAUCAUUUCUAAUGACCAUUUUGAAAUAGAUUACAUUUUUCUUUUAUAAUUCACAAAAAAAUUACAUGAGUGACCAUCGGGUUAGUUGGCAAGUGCCGGUGUUCAACUGACAUUUUUUCUAUCAAUUAUUAUCAAUUAUUCGAUUUUCAAGGAUUUGCUCAUUGAUAAUUAGAUAAACUCAAUUUCAUCAAGUCAUUCAGUUUGAAAUCAUUCCAAAAUGACGACCAAAGCAGUUUGUGUUGUUAGGGGCGAAAUAGUAAAUGGAACUUUGUUUUUCAGCCAGGAUUCUCAAGGACCGGUGAAGGUUACGGGUGAAGUAACCGGGCUAAGCAAGGGACUUCACGGUUUUCAUGUUCAUGAAUUUGGAGACAACACAAAUGGAUGUAUUUCAGCUGGAGCACACUUUAACCCCAUGAACAAGGAACAUGGAGGCCCCAAACAUGAUAUAAGACAUAUUGGCGACUUGGGAAAUAUCGAAGCUGGAGCUGAUGGAGUUGCAAAAGUCAACAUCACUGAUAAUGUCAUUUCAUUGAAAGGGGACAAUAGCAUUAUUGGUCGCACCCUGGUUGUACAUGCAGACCCUGAUGAUUUGGGAGAAGGUGGCCACGAACUCAGCAAAACUACUGGCAAUGCUGGAGCUCGAGUGGCUUGCGGUGUUAUUGGUAUUGCCAAGAUGUAAAAGAUUAAAAGGUGUUUGUUGAAAUAACUUUAAAUAUUAUUUUUGAUUUUCUGUUUGUAAUAAUAAAAGGUAUACCAAUAAAAGUUAGAUGUAAA